AGGAGAGAGCGAACAAGGGAGAGAGACAGAAGAGCAGGAGAAGAUAAAGGAAAAGAGCAGGAUGAAGCAGAAGGAUAAUCGCCACACACAGGAGGCUGCUGAUAUGCAUGAACUUAAAGAGACAGGCCACACCCCUGAACUGAUCACAGAGAACGAUAGAAAGGAGGCUGCUGCAGCCAAUAGGAAGCCUCCGUCAGAGAAGAGUGACGAUGUAAACGGACCAACAGCAAACAGAGAGUUACACAGUGAGAAGUUCACCUCCUCCUUCACUUCUACCCUCACCAUCUGCUCACCUGUGGAUGCCAAGCGGCAGGUUCAUGCCGCCCUCAACCAAUCACAGACUGCUGCUUCUGAGCCUCAAGCCCCACCCUCUCAGUCUGUCAUUGGUCCAUCAUUUCCUGAUAACCAGGAAGAGUUUCUUAGGGAAAUGGAAGGAGUGGAACAACACAUCGGUUCCAGCUUCUGUGGCUCAAAUUCACUACAGGAAACUUCUCCACAUGUGGAGCUCCAUCAAGCUGAGGUGACGACCGAGGAUUGUUUUUCCAACGAUGAGUACGAUUGUGCUUCCCCUGACGACAUUUCCCUGCCGCCGCUGGCUGAGACUCCAGAGUCCAACAUGUUCCAUUCAGAUGUUGAAGAGGGUUUCUGUCUUAGUUCUCAUAGCGUUCACAUCAGCCAGGUCAGCCACCAAUGCUAUGCCCAGUCAGAACCAACUAGAACUGAUUCUGUCCCACAACAAAAAGAGUCAAGUCAGAUGGAGAGUUGUCCAGCUCCUACAGUCAGACUACAGAGCAGGACCAGGUUCAGGUCAGAGUCCAGAUCCUUUAACCCAAGUCCAUCCACAGUUCCUGUUACAACACUUUUUACCAGUACUCCAUGCACCAUCCUGAAAACCAAAGAGUCUACCUCUGACGUCUCUCUGGACAACCCAGUCCAUGGGUACAACAACAAAGACUGCUUUAAAGUUAAAAACUCUCCAAAGCAGAGAUGUCCAUCCACAACCCUUACACAGGAUUUGAGUCAGAGCCUUCAUCCGCAGUCCUUCAAUGGUUCAGACAAAAGUCUCCACAAUCACAACAUUCCUAAAGGAGAGACUGAGGUUCUAGACAUCCAUCCUAGUUACACCAAAACAAACAGUACCCUUCCUGAAAAGAGGGAAUUACUUGAAUCCCAUCAUUGUACAAGUCAUACCCAACAGGACAUUAAGUCUGCUGAAAAUUCAAGAACCAUGCCUCAACAAGACAGGCUUGCUAAGAGCAGCACUAGUUUAGUCUCCCAGCAAAACAUUUACAUCAGGUCAUCUUUUUCAGGCAAUUAUUGUACCAACUCAAUGGUCUGUAGCAACUCUGCACAGGAAAGCACAUUCAAUCCCUCCUCUGAUCCAGUCUCUCUCAUGUUCAGUGUGACAGACCCUAUCCUCCAUAAAAACAUAACCCAACCACAAGACAAUGACCUUCUAGAACCUUCUACAACAAACUCCCAAAGUUCAACAUCUCAAGAUCCAACCUUUCCACAUACCAGAAGUGAACCAGAUCAGGAUGUACUUUUAACACUUAAAGACAGCACAGCAAUUAGUACAGCCACAACAGUCACCCAGAGCAUCUUCAACCAGUCAUUGCAUUUUGGCUGGUCACAGACCAACAAAACGUCAAAUCAAUGUCCCAGAGAUCCACCUGAAGACCUCAUCCAAAACCCUUCACAGCCUAAAACCAUCAGCAACACCAGUAUCUACUGCAGCAAGCAGGGUCUUCAGACAGUCUUCCCUCUCCAGGACACCCAGCAGUGUGUGCAUGGUUCCAGCAUGAGUACCAGUUUAGCACAGCUGGUUCCUCCCCACCUAGAACCUCAGACACACCCUUCACCUGAUCAAGCUAACCUGCAUGGCACAUCUCCAUAUUCUACACCUCAUGUACUAACACCAUCCCAGGAUCCUGAUAUUUGUCAACCCAUGGCUAUCCGGGAGGAGAUCAGACUUACUCCCCAGAUCCAGGGGCCUCCUCUUCCUUCUGCUCGUCUUCCUCAUCCCUCAUCAGAGUCUAUUCCUUUGGGAAAAGUCUCUGCACCUGGCCUUACCUUGUUCACCAGGCCCUGGUCUCAAGCCACAGUCAUGGAGGGCUGUCCAGUGAUGUUAGAGGUGGAGGUGAUGGGAAACCCAGAGCCCAGGCUCACUCGGUUUAAACUUGAAGAGGACCAGAACCAGAACCAGGAUCAGGACUUACAACUGUUGACUGGAAGCAGCAGUGGUGCUGAUAAUAAAUGGCUGAUGUUGGAGGCGUUGGACGUCAUCAUGGAGGACUGGAACACCUGGUUUGGGACUCUCUGUGUCCUGCUGUGGCUGCUCUACCUGGUUUUACUCUGACUCAAGCAGUUAUGCUCUGACCUUUUUAUUUCUGCUGGAUGGAUCAGAUAUUUGAAUCCGUUUAAUCUGAGCUGUAUGUCAAUCUGAUUUUAGCUUAACUGACCUCUAUAAACAUGUCAUUUUCAUAAUUUUAAACUGACUGUAAACCCAAGCUUUCGUGUGUUGUAAUUUGGUUUGGAAUGUUUGUAGUACUUUAAAAUAUUAAACUGAGUAUGACGACAAACUUUGGAGAAAAAAAAAGACCAGUCUCUUGAUUUCAUAGUUAUUAGAUAUGCUUGGAAUGGAAUUAAACAAACUCAAUUUCUUCUCACAGGAACUUUAGAAAGC